UCGAGUCUUCUGCUAUUAUUGACAUACGUAUUUGUAUCCUUCAUUCGGAUUAUGGAAGUUUAAGGAUUGAUAAUCACGAAAAAGAUUGUGAAUUGGACUUAUUUGGGUAUAUUUUGACCAAAGAGAAGUUGAAUAAGAAAUUUGAAGUACUUGAUAAAUUUGAUAACAUUCAAAAUAUCAUUGAAGUUCUUUUCAUGAAUGUUGAUGUUAAAUCUGAUAUCGAAGAUUUAUCUCAGGACCCGAACCGUGAUAUUGUUACUGAUGUAAAGAAGGUUUCCUCAGAAAUAAUAAUUACCGAUGCUACCAUUGGACAUCUUAGAGUUAAAUCGACUACAUUAAUCCACGAUGAAAUUGCCGAUAAAGAUAAUGAAGAUAAUAAGUCUGAGAUAAACGAAUUAAAUAAGAUAAUUCAUAUUGGCAGUCAGGCACCAUCGAGGAGAACUAAAUUAAUUAAAAACUCUAAAAACUCGAAAAAAAUGUUUGAUAAUCCUAGAGAAGUCGCAGUACCAUGUGCAAAUUUUUUGCCACUUUUCACAGAUGUAACCAAAUUAUCCAAUGAUAUAUAUAUUCAAGCCAAAAAUAUUGAAAAAAAUGUUAAAGAAUUAGUGAAUGAAUUUGAUUCUACUAUACAUCUUCUGCAAUUUUCUUUGAUGGUUGACUUUAACAUACGUGCUGACAAAGACCAUAAAGAUAUUAUUAAGUCCGAUAUCGAAGAUUUAAAUCAGUACCUUAGUACUAUUGGCAGUGGUGUAACUGACAUAAAUAAAAAUGUCUCGUGCAAAUUAGUACACUUAAUGAUACA